GUCUGGCUCGAGUAGGCGGGGGAAAAGCCCGCAGAAGCGUGCACGGGGACUCGGGCGCCGCAGCCCCGCGCCUCCCCCGGCCCGGCUCUGCUUCGCGGCUCCCACCUUCCCGGGUCCCAGCCCCGCGCACGGCCCGCUGCGAACUACACUUCCCGGCAGGACGCGGGCGCGCGCGCGCGCACGCGCACCGGGGCCUCCGCCAUGGCGACUGUGCUGUCCAGGGCGCUCAAGCUCCCCGGGAAGAAAAGUCCAGAUCUAGGGGAGUAUGACCCCCUCACACAGGCCGACAGUGACGAGAGUGAGGAUGACCUUGUGCUCAACUUGCAGCAGAAGAAUGGAGGGGUCAAAAACGGGAAGAGCCCUCUGGGAGAAGUGCCAGAGCCUGACUCGGAUGCCGAGGCUAUGGGGGCUGCGAAGCCGCAUCUUUCAGAGGUCACCGCAGAGGGGUUCCCCUCGGAACCUCUUGGGGGCCUGGAGCAGAAGGCAACCUCUUCCAUCGUGUCCUACAUACGCACAUCUGUCUUCCUGCUAACUUUAGCCAUCUCCAUGAUCCUGGUGCUCGUGUGUGCUUUCCUGAUCCCCUGUCCCCCUAGAGAUCUGCACAGCACCUGGAGCCGCCACCUGGGCCCCCAGACAGGUGGAGACCUGUCUCCAUUGGAAUUGGCCGAUGUGAAUGGAGAUGGCCUGCGUGAUGUACUUCUCUCCUUUGUUGCUUCGAGGAAUGGGAGUGCGGUCGUGCUUUUAGGCGUCUCAGGGCCAGCCGCUGUCCUUGUGUGCCUUUCGGGGAUGAAUGGCAGCACACUGUGGUCGAGUCCCCUCCCCGAGGAGGCCCGAGACAUUACCUGCUUGGACCUGAUGCCGGGACGCGUGGCUGAGACCAUCUGCCUUGUGACAGGGACACAUAAGAUGUUCAGCGCAUUCAAUGCAACAUCAGGGAAAGCCAUUUGGACUUUAAACCCAAACUACUUAUCCAACGGUACCCUGGCUGCCCCAGGGGUGGUGCUGCCGGACUUGGAUGAAGAUGGCGUUAGAGAUCUUGUGGUCCUGGCUAUUGGGGAAUUGCAGCCAGAUCUGUGCUUUCUGCUGGUGUCUGGCCGGACAGGGAGUCCGUUGGGCCGACCUGUGAAGUACAACAUCGUGGGCGUGGGGAAUCUGAUUGGUCCUCAGGUUUACGUCACCACAAAUGGGGCUGUCUAUAUCCUGUUUGGCUUUGGAAAUAUCCAAGCUGUCGCCCUGCGGGACAUUUUUGUUCAGGCCCAAAAUCGAGACAGCUUACCACCUUCUCUGCAGAUAGAAGAGCCAGAAUGGGAGAAGCGAAGAUCCAUCAACCUGUCUGAGCUCAUUGACAUUUACAGUGAUGGUGUCGAGCUACUCCAGAUGGUGAAGGCACCUGAUUCCAACUGCAGCAACCUCCUGAUUACAGCCAGACAAGGCCUUAUUCUGCUGCGCGGGCAAAAUCUGACACCUUCCUGGACACUGAGCCUGCAAGGCCUGCACAGCCAGCCUACUCCCGGGUAUUUCACCGACGAUCAGACAUUAGAUUUCUUUCUACAGAUACAGGAUGGAGUUGGGAUGAAAAAGGCGAUGGUGGUGGACGGGGACUCGGGCUCCGUUACCUGGAAUUACCGCACUCCCUGCCGCGUGAAGGGAACGCCAGCCACCUCGGCGCUUACUUCAGACCAGAAGUCUGUCUUCCUCUUCUGGGCCGAGGGGCUGUCCGCUGUACCCCUCAGUUCUGACGCCAUCCCGGGGACUGGGCCACCCGGCCUUCACCACCUCUACCUCCUGCACCCAGCAUUCCCCUCUAUUCUCCUCGAUCUGGCCAAUGCCACAGGCACAGUGACGGCUUCAGAGGUUGGAAUUAACGACCUCUGGAAAGAUGCCUUUUAUGUUACCAGGACAACAGGGCCCAGCUCCGAAGGCCACCCAGCACCCCUGGUGGUCAGCAAGCUCAGUCUGCGGUGGGCGCUGAUGGAAGGCCAGGUGGUGCAACUUGAGGAUGCCACGCCCAAAAUUGGCCGUGGCGAGCUGCGCAGAUUCCUCUCGAGGAUAAAGUUUGUUGAUCUUCCCCACCAGAUAUAGUCUGACGGAAUCUUCAGUUUCAGAAGAAGUGAGCAGGGUGGUACCCUCUCUCUCCUGUCAGCGCAGAGUCAGUUCUUUGGAGAGAAGGGAGACUUCAGCCUCAUUUUACCACGUCUGCGUGAUGCAAAGCACUUUGGGAGGUGCAUCAGAGUUCUUUGAUGACGGCACCAUCCAUUUGGCUGGAGUAUCUGACCUACGUUUUCAGUCCCUGCAUUAACCCCUCUGGGCACUCUGUGGGUAGUUUGGAAAUGUGAAUCUUCCAUGUUGUUUUUUGUAUGUCUAAUUUAUAAAGUCUUACUGGGAAAUUCCAGUGACGUUCUUCCCCAGAACAUUUUGUUUUGCAUUAUGCCAUGUGUGUAUAUGUAUUAGUAUUGUGACAAAACAUUUUCUAAGUCUGUUUUAAGCUCCAGGGACAUGGUUUCUUGUCCUUCUGAAAUACAUCUGGUAUGUUUGGUCGUCUUGAGAUGUCUGGUGCCCUGCCUCUGAUGUUCAGGGCCACUUGUCAUUUCCCUCUGUGAUCUUUCACCACCUGUACCUUGGCUUCUUCCCUGCUCUAACAGCAGGAAGAAGACUGGCAGUGGGAGGCUGAGGUAGCCCAUCCAGCACUUUCUAUCGUACGCAGCCUCCCUCCUCACACUUUCCACCUCUAUACACUUAGUUACCAUAACCACCACCAUAUUCCUGUCAGAAGGGGAGCCAGAGAAGUAAGGUUAGGGACCCACCUCUAACAAUGGUAUCAUGUGGUCUUGAUUGUUCUGCCCUGACCAUCAUGACCUUUUCACGGCAGUCGCUUCCGGAGAGCUUGUGCAUGUGUGGUCCUUAUGCGUGUGAAGUCAGGAGCGAUUGAGGCAGGUGGCCUUCCCCUGCCUCCUCUGCACACUGCUUUCUUAGCAUCUCCUCCUGGGCAUCCUCCUUAGCGCCUCUCACUUGCCCUCUUCUAUUCAGAGCUAUUUUUUGCUUUGCUUGCAUGAGAGCAAAGCUGUUUCUGGGUUUUUACUCUUGCUUGAGUCCAGUAUGCUACCAUUUUGCCUGCACAUCUCCGUCCUCAUAGAGCCUUUGAAGCACUGUAUUCUGGGGAAAUGCCCAUGUACAUAUUAUAACUUUUAUAAUUAAGUUCUUAGGAAUUAUUUCCAGCGCUUAUUUUUUCCUUUUUCUAUAAAUAUGUUUCUUCUAUUAAGGUCUCUCCUAAACUUCUAGGUCACUAUUUAUAUAGCAGAAAACCCCACGUUAGCCGGUGGGGAACUGCUUUUCUUCUUGAAUAAUUUUGAUAGGUCAUGCCCGAGUGCAACUCAGGUUUCUGUCUUUGCUUGAGCUUGUGUCUGUUUAGCUUGUAUGACUAAAGGAAGUCCAGAAACUUUAGAGAUUACAGAAAUUUAGGGGUCCCAGAUUUGAAGGGAUGGAUAUUGCUUGCCCACUGGUUGGCAUUAUGACAGAACACAAGUUUGGUAGCACUAGCAGAUCGGCCUCCCAGGUUUCUGGGCACCCCCUGGCCGUAGCCCCUGAAAGCAAACCUGGUUUCAACACUUUGGGAUUCAUGUGUGGGUCCAGCUGAUUGUAAACUUUAGGGAACAGUUAAUUAGAGGACAACCCAAGAGGAUGGGGACAUUCUAGAUUCACUGCUAGAGUCUGAACCUACUUGAGUAGAAUAGCCUAGGAUCUUUUGGCCUAGUAGAGAAUUCUAAGGACUCAUUUACAUAUACUAUCCGGUAUAGUCAACCGGAUACCUAAAACUUGGGUUGUGGUCCUGUGGCCUGGGCUGAGCCAUCUAUGCCUAAACCUCGUUCUCUCCCACGCUGAGCCUCUCUGGGAAGCCAGCCACUUUAGGUGGAGGUAAAAAAGGGAAGGCCAUUUACUGAGGACCUGCUCUGGGGGAAUCCUUUUCGGUAGAAGGUUGUGCUUAUGCUGGGUGAGUCCCAGAACUAUGUCAGCGGACGUCCCUAAGUUCUUUGUGGUGUGUUUACAGACUAACUUAACGUAGGUUGUUUGGACUAUAAGUUUGACUCUCUUUUUGCUAGACACAGGACAAGCUCUCCUCCCUCCCGCAGCCAGCACAGAGGGUAGAAGCGGUGGCCAAGGCCUGAGGAAGCUUCCUCUGACCAGCGUGGGUGCUGGCCUGUCAGAUAUGUCCCUACGGUUCCUCCUCGUGACAGGCACCCACCCAACCCGGCAUCUAAGAAAGGAAGAGCUCCUCCCUUCCCCCACUCGCAGCACGGGAUGCCAGCAAGGCCAGUGUGACUGCCUCUUAGGGAUAGUAGUGACUUCUGCAAAUGCAAGGGCCUUCCUUCUUCCCAAGCUUUCCUCCUUGCUGUCCUUACAGCCCCUUCGGUCCUAGACAGCACCCACCCAUCCCCCAGAUGGCCUCUGCUCCCCCUUGGCAGUGCGGUAUGCUGAUACCAACCCCCUUGAAUGUGAAUUGCUACUUUUAUUGCCCAUACUACGGAAGAGCCAGCUGGUAUAUUGUCAGGAAGCACUAUUUAAAAUGUGAAUUGUUGCAGAACAAAUAAAUACGAUGUAUAGGAAACACA